ACUGAACCGACAUAACGGAUUACGGACAGAGAACCGGGAAUGUAUUUUUGUCGGCAUUUGUGCUUAGACAUUAAGUAAUUUUGAUUACUCAUAAAUUAUCAUCAUAUAGAAAACAAAAUACAAGAAACAAAAAAUUUAACUGAACAAAAUACAUAUAUAUACUCAGUUAAAACCAUAUAAUUAAUAUAAAAUAUAAAAAUGGAUCGUGUCGGUGGGGAUGGUAAUAGUGGUGGCGGUAGUAGUGGCGGUGGUAGUGGUGGUGAUCAUCGAAGUGCUGGCCGUGGAAGAGGACGCGGUAUUUGGGGACCUCAUCCUCCGCCCCAGCCCCUCCGCCGACCACACGGUAUUGUCGCUCAACAAACAACGUCUGUACAACAAAUUAACGAGAUGUUCAACAACGUGUCGAUGAAUGACGUCGUCAAAAAUUCGGACUUAUCUGCUGAUGCCGCUGAAUUCGUACCCAGAAGUUUAAGGACUUCACAGGGAAAUCAGCAAAACCAAGCAUGGCAUCGACCAUCAGUUCAAGACCGUUUGACUGCAGCGAGAAACCCACAUGGACAUCACGAAUCACAGAACCAUCAAUAUGGUAAUCAGCAACAGUAUCCGUAUCAAACUCAACAAAUGCAGUUCCAGCAAUACGCUGAUUCUCAUUCACAAGGAUAUUCGCAGUAUGAUGGUGGUUUCAGUAACUAUGACAGAAAUCAUGAUAAUCAUAAUAUGGGUAAUAAUCGCGCUGAGAAUAGUUUACCAAAUGUCUUGAGUCAGCUCAAUACCGCAAUGCAAACAUUAACCAGAAAUCCAGAUCAAUUUGAGAAUCUAGUCGUCCCACUUGUUUCUAGCAUCACUCCUCAUCUUAAAACUCAAGUUAACACUCAAGCGAUUGUUUCAGCUAUAAUUUUAAAAUGUAUUAGUGAUUCCAACUUCCGAUACAGUGGAGCUAGACUUUGCUCUCAUCUCGAUGCCGUAGAUACUCCCGCAGAUGAUUCCCCGUCAAUUUUCCGAUCAGCAUUAUUUGAACGCUGUCGUGAAGAAGCAGACACUUUAUCUGAAUCAUGGCCUGCGUUAACUUCGCACUCACCCGAAGAUGAGAAAAAAUGCCACGGACUUAUGCUUAGCUUGGCGGAAUUGGUUGCUCAAAUGGAUCCUCAUCCUGCUUCUAUUUUGGGCAAACUCUUAAUUGAAGUUAUUUCAACUGCUUUAAAAAAUCCUGGGCCUAAUUCAGCAAAAUUCAUCUGUCAGUCGUUGAAGUUAGCUGGUCAAUAUUUGGAAAGAGACAGCACUGCAAAUCGACAAGAGAUUGAACGUGUUAUGAAAGAACUUUCGGAACUUGUACUUGACGGUCGAGUAGACGUACACAUAGGACGUAUGGUAAAUAGUGUAAAAGAGUUACGAAGUGGUAAUUGGGGGCGUACGGUAUCUUCCCAUGGCCCUGUACCCUCUGAAAUUAAUCAAACAACACAACAGCAAAUGCAAGAACAACUUCAAUAUCAACAACUCAACGAACCUGUACUUUAUGGUCCAGAUGGUAAUGUUUUGUCAGCAGAAGAACGUCGAUUUUGUCAGGACCUUGCAAAUAUGGAUGAUGGAAUUGAAGAACCUUGGCAACGAGGAGGAGGUCAUGAAGUUGACCAAGCAGAAGAAGAUGAAGAUGAUAUUAUAGCCGCUGCUUAUGAAGAAUUUCUCAAGCUGACACCCAACAACGGAGUCAAAAAAGGAUAAUGAAUGAACAUAUAUAUAUAUACAUAUACAUAUAUAUAAAAGAAAUGCAACUCUUCCAGGCAGAGAUUGAUUUUUUUCACUAAUAUUAAAAAUUCUCAAACGACCUGGUUAUGCUAAUUAUUUAUUUCUUCUUAUCAGAUAUAAAUAAUCUUUUUAUAGAAUAUAAAUAUGUAUGUAAAUGUUCUAUCUAUGUAUAUUUAUAGGUAAACUAUGGUCGAUAUAUUGCACUUAGUCGAUUAUCUGAUAAAUACGUAUUAAUUAAAUAUUAAAAGUUAACUUCCGCACUUACCACAGCAAAAAUUUUUUUUAUUAUGUGUAUUGAAAUGAAAUAAAUGAUUUAUCAUUUUAA